AUGGCACUGCUCCGGGGGCUUCUGGUGCUCAGCUUGUCCUGUCUGCAAGGCCCCUGCUUAGUGGUAAGGAGGGGCCUGGGUCUCAUGGGGGCAGGGCAGGGGUUGGUCAACGGGCAGACCCAGGAGAAGCUGCCCCCGCUUCCCCUCCUCAAGUUGAGCAACCAGGAAAGGGCCCCAGGAAACUGUGGGGAGAGAACCUUCACCCCACAGCAGAAACGCAGGCUGGCCCAGGCCAUGAUGGAUUUCACCACAGACCUAUUCUCCCUGGUGGCUCAAACAUCCACCAGCCCCAACGUCAUCUUGUCACCCCUGAGUGUGGCCCUGGCACUCUCUCACCUGGCAUUAGGUGCUCGGAACCAGACAUUGCGGAGGUUGCAGGAGGUGAUGCAUGCAGACUCAGGCGCCUGCCUCCCCCAACUGCUGAGCCACCUCUGCCAGGACCUGGACUCCGGGGCAUUCCGAUUGGCAGCCAGAAUAUACCUGCAGAAAGGAUUUCCCAUCAAAGAUGACUUCCUGGAACAGUCAGAACAGCUCUUUGGAGCAAAGCCCAGAACCCUGACAGGAAACCAGGGAGAUGACCUGGCGAACAUCAACCAGUGGGUGAAGGAGGCCACGGAGGGGAAGAUUGAGAACUUCCUCUCAGAGCUGCCCGAAAACACAGUGCUGCUUCUCCUCAAUGCCAUCCACUUUCAGGGUUUCUGGAAGAGCAAGUUUGACCCAAGCCUCACCCAGAGUGGUACCUUCCACCUGGACAAGCAGUUCACAGUGCCGGUGGACAUGAUGCGAGCCCACAAGUACCCCCUGCGCUGGUUCUUGCUAGAACAGCCUGAGAUCCAGGUGGCUCACUUCCCUUUUAAGAACAACAUGAGUUUUGUGGUCAUUGUGCCUGUUCAGUAUGAGUGGAAUGUGUCUCAGGUGCUGGCCAACCUGACCUGGGACACCCUGCAGCAGCCCUCAGUGCGGGAGAGGCCCACUAACGUCCAGCUGCCAAAGCUACACCUAAAGUACCAGCUGGACCUGGUGGCCACUCUGAGCCAGCUGGGCCUGCAGGAACUAUUCUGGGCCCCAGACCUGCGCGGGAUCUCUGACCAGAGCCUGGUGGUAUCCAGUGUGCAGCAUCAGUCCACUAUGGAGCUCAGCGAGGUCGGCGUGGAGGCGGCUGCGGUGACCAGCACAGCUAUGUCCCGCAUGUCCCUCUCUUCCUUCAGUGUGAACCGCCCCUUCCUCUUCUUCGUCUUUGAGGACACCACAGGCCUGCCCCUCUUUGUGGGCAGUGUGAGGAACCCCAACCCUAGUGUGGAGCGGGAGCGCAAGGAACAACAGGAUUCCCCUGACAACGGGGACUCCACCGAGAACCUGAAACUCUCCCCCAUAGGAGACAAGCCCUUGGGCCCUGACUUGAAACUUGCACCUCCCUUGGAGGAAGAUAACUCCCAACCUAGUAGCCCAAAGUGA